GUGACCUCAUUGUUUUGAUCACGUGGCCUACCCUAACUUCCGGUAGGCAGAAAAGUGUCAACACAACAGCAGACAACGCAUUAGCGAGAAGACGUUCUAGCAUUAUACGAAUAAGAUCCAUUUCUCCUGCAUAAUUUAUCGCUUACAUUGGAAUCUAAGUAACAUGGUUGUGUCGUGCGUGGUAGUUGGUUGCACGAAUAGAUUUCAAAAAGGUUCAGGCUUGAAAUUUCAUCGAAUUCCGACUGCCGAUGAAAGAAGACGCAAGUGGCUUCAAGCGAUCAACCGCAAGAAUUGGACGCCUGAUCAUGAUGGUGAUCGAGUUUGUGGAGUUCACUUUGCAUCAGGUUUGAAUAUUUACAUUUCUUUGGCCAACAACCCAUAAUUUUCAUUGUUUCAUUGUCAUCGUGAUAAUCUUGUGAUUCUGUAGAUAGUACGUUGUGGCAAAUGGGUUAUGGCUUCAUAUAUCAGUAUGUACUGUGAACCAUCAACAAGAUAAUGGGGGAACCCAACAAUGAUAUACGAUAGUCACCUUUUAAUAUUUAUUUUAAAAACAUGUUUUUAUUUUUUUCUAACAUAUCAAAUGUAAUAAUGUUGGUUUGAUAGAACUGUCCAGUUUUCGAUCAGAAUAUCUUUUUUUAUUUUGAUAAGCGUAUGCCAAAUGAGCUAUAUUUUUGGAAAUCUAGGUAAGAUCCUCACAUUAUUUUCUCUUUUAUAUAAAUGUGUGAUUUGCAGUUAAGAUUUUGAAUUUAUUUCCAGGAUCUGCUAGAAGUGACCCAAGUGAUCCAGACUAUGUUCCACAUGUCAACAUGGGAUAUAAGACUGCAUCCAUGAUGACACCUGAAGCGAGGAAAGAUCGUUUUUACAGGGCACAGAUUAGAGAAGAUACCAAGAACAAACAAGCCAAGGAUAGCCAAGAAAGAAGUAAUGCUGCCUCAAUUCUACUUGAGUUGUCACUCAAUUCUUCCCUCAAUGAGCAGAGUGAACAAGGUGUUGAAGAAGAAGAAAAUCAGCCUGCACGAGACUUACAUGACCCCUGCAUUGAAGUGAUCAUGAAACUGAAAGCCGAAAAGAGACAGCUGCUCACAGAGGUAGAAAACCUACAAGCUGAAUUACAGGAUACAAGACAUCAGCUCAGAGCUUGUAGGUUCAGUGACCGAUUUUUGGAAGGAGACAAGAAGGAUGGAAAGACAUUGUUUUUCACAGGUAUCUCUAGUCAUGCCAGCUUCUUGUGGUUAGUUCAGUUCUGUGCACAUAUACUUCCUGUCUCGAUGACUCUAACUCCUGCCAGUGUGCUCAUGUUGGUGCUGAUGAAGCUACGUUUGAAUCUAGUAGACCAGGACUUGGCCUACAGAUUUGGAGUGUCAAGACAAACUGUGAAUGAUUUAAUCAGUAAGACCAUUCCACCACUUGCCCACAAAUUAUCAUUCCUGAUACAUUGGCCUGAAAGUGACGAUAUAUUAAGAAAUAUGCCCAAAGUGAUCAAACAAUCUUACAGAAAGUGCAGGGUCAUUAUAGACUGUUGCGAAAUAUUUAUUGAGAGGCCUGGCAAUUUCACUGCACGAGCUAUGACAUGGUCCAACUAUAAAAGCCAUAACACUAUAAAGUUUCUGUUAGGAAUUGCACCCCAUGGAGCUGUCACCUUUGUGUCGAGAGCCUUUGGUGGAAGGGUUUCGGACAAAGUCAUCACACAGCGCUCAGGAUUCCUUCAGCUUCUGGAACAUGGGGAUCUGAUCCUUGCUGAUCGCGGAUUCCUUAUUUCGGAUGACCUUGCUGCAUGUGGUGCGCAGCUUGCCAUACCAGCAUUUACACGGGGGAAAUCUCAGCUCAGCCCUAAAGAAAUCGAAAUUGGAAGGAGGCUGUCACGGGCCAGAAUACAUGUUGAGAGGGCUAUAGAAAGAGUAAAAAACUUCAAGAUUCUGAGCACCACCCUGAAGAUCAACCUUGUGCCUCAUUUUGACAAUAUUAUGACUGUAUGCAGUGCUCUGUCAAAUCUUCAUCAAAAUUUGCUGUAGUGUAAUCUUGUUCAUAAAUACUUAUUGUGUUGGUUUACAUGACUAUGAGCAAUGGGAAUGUAAUUUGUAAGCCAGUCAGUAAACAAAUAAGGCCCAAUGUUCCUGAUAUCUAUUCUGAUUUAGUUUAAGAUUUUAAAUGAGAUAUUUGGUAACAUAUUGAUUUCAGUAAUUGUUUUUCAAAUGUUUAAAUUAACAACAAACACAGGAUUAAAUGGCAAAUAUAGUGUGUAUUCU